GAGUUGAGUGUAGUCGUUGUUGGUAGCGUGUAGAGUGAGGCCGCCCCCCUUCCACAGGAGCGGAGUCUCCGAUUAGAGACUCCAUUUUAGGGAGGACGGGAGCCAAAAAAGAGAAAGUAAAAUUCACACUCGGUCCGGUGGGUCAGGAGGGACUGAUGAUGUCGGAGGGAUCGGGCGACUUGUUGGGGGAGCGGAGUCAGGCGGAGGGCGGGCGGGCGCCUCCGUCUCCGAGCGUCGCCCGGGCUGGUCGGGACGGCAGAGGGCGAGCGCCGCCGAAGCCGAGCGACGCCGCCGAGGCUAAGGCGCCCGCACCGGGAGGCGGGGUCGGGGGCGGAGCGGGAGGAGGCGCUCUCGCCGGAGGCAAGAAGAGGCACCGGCGUCGCCCGUCCAAGAAGAAGCGGCGCUGGAAGCCGUACUUCAAGCUGUCGUGGGAGGAGAAGAAGAAGCUGGACGAGAGGGAGAGCGUGCGGGCGGCCAAGACCCGCGCCGAGAUGUUCGCCAAGGGCUUCACGGUGGCCCCUUACAACACCACCCAGUUCCUGAUGGAGGAACACAACCAGGAGGAGCCCGACCUGAACCCGGGGGGAGGUGCCGGUGCUGGUGGUGCUGCUGGAGGAGGGGGACCCCCCCGGCGGGCCGCCAAGUCUGACGAGACCAGCGAGGAGGACGAGCUGCUGCUGCUGGACGAGGAGGAGCAGCAGGACAGCGGCAGCGACGGCAUGGGGGGCGACGGCGGCGGCGAGUUCCUGCAGAGGGACUUCUCCGAGACCUACGAGAAGUACCACGCCGAGAGCCUGCAGAACAUGACCAAGCAGGAGCUGAUCCGCGAGUACCUGGAGCUGGAGAAGUGCCUGUCCCGCCUGGAGGACGAGAACAACCGGCUGAGGGGCCGCCUGGACGGCAGCAAGGCGGCGGUGAUCGCCCGGGGAGGGGAGCUGGAGGACAGCAACAAACUGAAAGAACUGGAACGGGAGAUGGAGAGGCUGAGGGCCGAAAACCUCCAGCUCCUGAAAGAGAAUGAACUGUACAAACGGGGGCAGAAACUGUCAGAAAGUGUUGAUUGAAAUAUGAACUCUGCUGUAUGUAUAUCUGUGUAUAAAUCUGUAAAUAUUUUUAGUCUGUACAGAGUCUAGAUUUUUCUCUUGGCGUUGUUUUCUUUUGAACUUUCUGUUGUUUCAAAUUUACAAUCUUAAUUAUUUUGGGUUGGGAUGCACUUUGUUUUUUCUCUUUGCAUUUUUAAACCUCUGCAAAGGCAGAGAUAUUAAUGUUGACUUGUGUUUUAUACAAGUGAUUCCCCAACCAUCUUAUCUCUUCUGCACACUUAUUGAUAAACUUGAACCAACCAAAACUAUCAAGUACAGUAUUGAGUACAAUGUUUUUAGCAUUAGGUUUAACUAUUUUGAUGGGGAUGCUAUUGCCUUAUUUUUAAUUCAUAUUAAGUCAGCUAUCAGCUAACUGAAAUUUUGCCAAAUGAUUUACCUGUGGUACAAAAUCCUGCACUGCCUCAGCUCUGGAGAAAACCUUUUUCUGAGUCCUCUAACAGUGGGUCUUUUUGUGGUUAUUCUGCAGUUUGCUGCUUUCUAGGCUGUUGAUCCCUGUUGCUAGUCAGGUAUAAGUCCUCUUCCUUUUUUUAAAAAAAAUAUUAAUCUAGAUAAUGUCAAAUCAUUAUGUAGUGUUUGACAAUACCAUUGGUUUGUCAACCCAACUAGUUAGGCAAAACAGAUGUGUGCAUUUCCCACCAGAUUAGUUUGAAACCAACCUUUGCUUUUAAUAGGAUUUUCUGUACAGUCACCUCCUAUGUUUCCAUGAUCCCAUGUUCUGCAUCUUAUUGAAUACAUUAAAAUAGUCCAUGAAAGAAACUGGCCAAUAAAUUACAGUAUGUAGUUUUAGUUUAAAAUUCUGUUAAUUGAAAAAUGAUGGUAACACUUUUUAAGGAAAAAAAACCUGAAUAGUUCCCCAAGAAUAUACUUGGAAACCAGAAUCAAGAUUAUUGGGGUUAAAUUUGUAAAAUGUACCUUUUCAAUGGAUAUAUAUACAAUUUAAAGAAUAAAAAUGAAUGUCUUUAAAGAGAA